AUGGCGACGCAGAAUUUGAGCUCGUUGCUGCAGCACGCCUCCAUCGACGAUCACGAAGAACUCCUCCAGUCUGCCAAUGCCGCUCUGGCAAAGUCCAAGUCGGACGUUCAGGCUCAACAUGCCAAGGUGGUGGCUUUGGUGAAGCUCGACCGCUACGACGAUUGUAUCCGAGUGUUUGAAGAGGGGGGCGAUGCUCUGAAGAAGCAAGCGGCUCUGGAAUACGCCUACGCUCUGUACAAGACUGGACAGCUGGAUGCCUCGAUCGAGAUCGUCUCGAAGAUCACCAACAGCCGGGGUGCUCGUCACUUGGAGGCUCAAGCUAGCUAUCGUUCAGAGAAAUUCCGCCGUACCGCCGAAGUUUACGAAGACCUGACCAAGGACCAGUCGGCCUUGGACAACGAGGAAAACGAUAUCCGCAUCAAUGCCUGGGCUGCGGACGCUCAAUUGCAGUGGAAGGGAUACCCCGAAUCCGUCCGUCACAACCGCCCAACGAGAGAUGACCUAGAGGCCUUCGAGACGACCUACAAUGCGGCCUGUCUGAGCAUCGCUAAGGGAGAGUUUGGACAAGGAGAAGUGCUUUUGAAGCGGGCAAAGGAGCUAUGCCGGACCUCAGAAGACCUCACGCCGGAGGACAGAGAUGCGGAAUUGCUACCGAUCUCUGUGCAGCAACUCUACGUUCUGAUCCGUCAAGGGAAAUCGGAGGAAGCCGAGUCUGUCCUGCAGGAAAUCUCGGUCAAAGAUAUCCCCGAGCUCUCGACCAAGAAGAUCGCCGAAAACAACGUCACCCUCAUCCGGGACACGGCCGCCAACCCCUUCAUCCUCUACAAGGCGUUGCACGAGACUCCAGAAUCCACCGGCAACGACCGACUCUUCGACUUCCAGAACAACAUCAUCAGCGGCAACUUCAACUCCGCCGACCUCCUGGUUCACAAGUACGACGGCAUCAUCCGAUCGACAUCUAAAGCGCGCGCCCAAGCCCCCUACCCCUCCACCGAAUCCAGCAUCAACCUCCUCUCGGUCUUCAACGCCGCCGCCCUCGCCCGCGGCCAAACGGGCGCCAAGGCCCUCAAAGCCAUCCUGCCCGCGCUGGAGCGCCGUCCCAAGGACAUCGGCCUGGUUCUAACCGCCGCGCAACUCUACGUCAGCACGGGCAACACCACCGCCGCCAUCGCCACCCUCGAGAAAUCGCUGUACCUCCUCGACGAGUCGAUCUCCGACCAGGACAAGGAAGUGCGCUUCAACCCCGGCGUCCUCGGCGUCCUCGUCGCCCUCUAUAAACUCGAAGGCCGCAAGGUACAGAUCCGCACCGAGCUCGGCAAAGCCGCCGCCUACUGGCGCAGCCAAGCCGACGCGCCCUCCUCCCUCCUACGCGCUGCCGCCUCCUCGCUCCUCUACUCCUCGGACGCCUCGGAUCUCGCAACCGCCAGCGACAUCUUCCACGACCUGGCGCAGAAGAACUCGUCCGACCGCUUCGCUGCCGCCGGCUACGUCGCCUCCCAAGCCACCCUGGAUUACAACAAGGUCGCGUCGCACGUCGACCGCCUCCCCGCGAUCGCGGACCUAGUCUCAGACAUCGACGUCUCGGCCCUCGAAGCUGCCGGCGUGUCGCCGUCCUCUGCGACCGCCGCCGCCGCCGCCGCGACUAUCGCCAACGCCCGGAAGCGUUCGGCCGCCGACAAGCAGCACCAGGGCCGCGUCACCAAACGUGUCCGCAAGUCUCGUCUCCCCAAGGACUUCGAUGCUAGCAAGACGGCCGACCCGGAGCGCUGGCUCCCUCUGCGCGACCGAUCCUCCUACCGUCCUCGUGGUCGGAAGGGCAAGCAGCGCGCCGCUGAACGGACCCAGGGCGGUCCUGUCACUGAGAAGACGGAGGAAGCUAACGCGUCGGCUAGUCAGCAGCGUAAUCAAGGCGGCGGCAGUGGUGGUGGAGCGUCGAAGAAGAACAAGAAGAAGGGCAAACGGUAG